GGUUUCUGCGUUCUUGUGCUUCUCUGUCUGUUGACUAUGGACCCUUAUAUUCGCUCUCUCUUUUUGUUGUGGACCCUGCCCCUGACGGAGACCUGGGCAGGCUCUCACUCCCUGAGGUAUUUCCACACCGCGGUGUCCCGGCCAGAGUUCGGGGAGCCGCGGUUCAUCUCCGUGGGCUACGUGGACGAUCAGCAGUUCGUGCGCUUCGACAGCAACAGUGAGAGUCAGAGGGAGGAGCCUCGGGCGCCUUGGAUGGAGAAGGUGGACUCGGACUACUGGGAAUAUAACACGCUCGUCUCCAAGGAGAACGCAGAGAAAUACCGAAUGGCCUUGCAGAACCUGCGCGGGUAUUACAACCAGAGCGAGAGCGGGGUCCACACAGUCCAGCGCAUGUUCGGCUGCGAGGUUUUUCCGGACCUCACUUUCAAGCGAGGAUUUGAACAAUACGCUUACGACGGGCACGACUACCUCGCCCUGGACACAGAUACCUACAUGUGGACCGCGGCGGUGCCCCAAGCUGUCAACUCCAAGAGCAAGACAGAGGCGGAGAGGAGCAUCGCAGAGAGAUGGAAAGCCUACCUGGAGGAGGAGUGCGUCCUGUGGGUUCAGAAGUACAUGGAGAUCGGGAAGGAGGCGCUGAAUAGGGCAGACCCACCUUCUGCCAGAGUGACCCGGCACACUGCCCCCGAUGGGGAGGUGACUCUUCGGUGCCGGGCCCAGGAUUUCUACCCUGCGGACAUCUCCCUGACUUGGCUCAGGGAUGGGGAGGAGCAGCUCCAAGACACAGAGUCCAUUGAGACCAGGCCUGCAGGAGAUGGGACCUUCCAGAAGUGGGCAGCUGUGAGGAUGCCCUCAGGCCAGGAAGGGAGAUACACCUGCCGAGUUCAGCAUGUAGGGCUGCCUGAGCCCCUCACCCUGAAAUGGGAGCCAGAGUCCUCACCCAUCUGGAUCAUUGUGGGGGCCACUGCUGCUGUCCUCAUUGCAGUCAUUGCUGGAGUUGUGAUCUGGAGGCACAGGAAGUCAGGCAAUGACAAUGCCCAGGGGUCGAUGUCUCUCUCAAAGCCAAAGCUUGAUAGAAUUGCCUUACAUGGACCUGAGAAAGAAAACAAAAACAUGCAAGUCUCCAAUUCCUGUCUUGUUCCUGUUUACCUCUCUGGCUUUUCUCCCCAGAACUAGCUCCUAUGAUCAUCUCUGUACUCUACCGGCCAAACCCCAGGGAAGCCUUGCCACCCCUGCCUUCUUUCUUUUUUCUUGUCUCACUUUGCAGGGAGACAACCAGCAGUCAGGGCCAUCGGGUUGGGAAAGAGCCCAUCUUCACAUUUGAGUUGCACUGAAUUCUGUCAUCUUUGUACUCCUGCAAGAAAAAUAGGCAAUGAAUUAUUUUUCUUGAAUCUUCAGAUUUUCUCCACAAUCUCAGUAGAGCGGGGGGUAGAGGGGGGUGCAGUUUGGCAGAAAGGAUAACAAUGUGGAUAUGUUCUGAUCAUAUGAAGGCAAAAAUAAAUUAAAGUUUGAAGACUGCUAAGAAUUCU